AUGGGACGCAGAAAGAUUGAGAUACAGCCGAUUACUCAUGAACGAAACCGCUCGGUGACUUUUCUAAAGAGGAAGAACGGGCUCUUCAAAAAGGCGUACGAGCUUGGUGUGCUGUGUAGUGUCGAUGUUGCUGUGAUCAUCUUUGAGGAACGCCCGGGGCAUCAUCUCAAGUUGUACGAAUACUGCUCCGGCGAUACGAGGGACAUCGUCCAGAGGCAUUUGCGUUAUGAAGGCGAGAAGGAUACGCGUGGGCCGGCAGACUUUUCUGGCGCGGUCAAGAUUCUGGACGAGGAGGACGAAGAGGACGACGACGAGGUUGUCUCGGCCGUGCCGUCAAAACGCAGGGGCAGUGGACGACUCAGACCAGUGGGGACCGGUGACCUUGGCGAGGUGAGUCAGCGUAUCCACCUUUCUUUCCGGCUUUCAUCAGCGCCGUGCUCGAUGAUGACCAACAUAUAUCGUGCUUGCUGUUCCCCGCCGCCGUCGUCAUGA